AUGGAAUGGUUAACGAGCGCCGAGGGCCUGAAUGCCCGUGAGGAGCUGGAGGCGUCCGUUCGUGAGCACCACCCUAACUUGCGUGAUGAGGAGGUCGACCUUAUUGUGGACGGACGACUACUACGCAUGGUUCGAAAGCGCGCGGUAGAGCAAGCACCUGCGAGCGGCCAGCAAGAAAGAACUGGUGAAGGAGGAGCUGGGCACGAGGCUCCAAUUGCCGUAGGCGUUGGAGGAGGAGCUGUUGCUCCGACCAUUGACACGGGAAUGAUCGAGAUGAGCUACGGUCAAUUCAAGUUUGGAGUGGAGCAUAUCUCCGUAACACCGUUGCUGGAGGGAAGGCACGACCUCACCGCGUGGGUCAGCGCCAUCCGACCUCAGCUCCAAUGCGCUGAUUUGUGGCAGUUUUGCUAUGAGACAGCACCAAGCCUGGUCCCGAACAACCCCUUGCAACAAAGGGAGUACGCAAAGGGCCAAAUGCUUGCAUUCGUGGUGCUGAAUCGUUGUGUUUCUCCACCAAACCGAAUGUCUAUUGCUGGUUUCUCUCAGCAAGAGAAAGCCGGGCAGAUGGCAUGGGCAUACAUCUUGUCUACCUAUCAAGCUCGUGAUGCCCUCCACGCUUCCCUACUUCAGACCCAGCUAGCCCAACUCAGGAAGGGAGAUGAUGAGACGGCGGAAUCCUACUGCAACAGGGCCCGCACCAUCCGAGCGGAGCUGCUGACCAUUGGACAGGAGGUCCACAUGGCAACGUUUGCUGCUCACGUGCUGAAGGGACUGCCAUCGGAGUACGGGUUUCUUCGCCGCAAGCUCGACAUUUCCAGCCCUGACAUGACGGUGGAACGUGUGUGCAGCGAGGUGUUGAUGGAGGAGCAGACUCUCUCCAUCGAACACAGUUACAAGCAGAUCACCAGCGAUGCAUCUGCUUUCUCAGGCGCUGUCAACACGAUCGUGGCUACAACGGGGGUCAACGGGAAGGAAGGAAAAGGAGGGAAGGAGCAGACAGACAAGAAGAAAUAUGGCAAGCAGAGAGAAGAAGCGAGGCCCCUUCAAGGGGCGCUGCUACAACUGCAAUGA